AUGUCUAGGUCAAGAAGAGAAAACCAACUCGAUAUCGAAACACAAGUACAGCAAAUCUGUGAAAAAAUUAUAUCAUCUGAGUUGUUCUUGCAAAAAUUAGUUGAAGUGAUGACCACGCAAAUUCCCGCCAUGAUCGAGGCACGCAUCGAGGUCUAUAAAGAAAAGGGCAUUCGGAAGCGAGACGUAUCUUCGUCUGGUCUCGUUUCUAUUGACCAAACAAUUUCCGUGUGUCGAGUGUGCUGUGUGACUGGAGUUCAAGGUGCGUGCGUCCUGGAUCCUUACGGGGCCGGCGGAUGGGCCCCUCAACCGCAUUCGCUCCACGGAGCGGCGGGGGGGCCUCCGCACUGGUGCGAUAGGCCUGGGAGGUCUUCAGAUCCCGUCACUCCUGUAGGUGGUCCUCUUCGACAGGCCGACAGCCCAUUUCAUGCCAGUUGUCCUGUACAUAGUCCAUUCAGGUUUCGUUUCGUUAACGGCGGGCCGGAUUAUCAUCAUCUGCACCAUCCACAUCAGGCUCUUUUACAAGCCCAUGACGUGGUAGCACACGAAGUUUAUGGAGAAGAUGCUGUUCGAGUUACUCCACCGCCACAACUUCCAUAUCUCAACGGCGGGGAUGAACUGGAUGGUCCCAAUGGCGAAGUCGAGAUGGAAAACGUUACCCGAGUCAGAUUAGUUCAGUUUCAAAAAAAUACCGAUGAACCUAUGGGCAUCACACUGAAAAUGAACGAAGAUGGGAAAUGUAUAGUAGCAAGAAUAAUGCAUGGUGGUAUGAUUCAUCGCCAGGCCACUCUUCACGUUGGGGACGAAAUUAGAGAAAUUAAUGGAAUUCCUGUCGUCAACCAAUCCGUUAAUGCUUUACAAAAAAUUCUCAGGGAGGCGAGGGGUUCAGUAACGUUUAAAAUAGUUCCUUCUUAUAGAAGCGCACCACCACCAUGUGAGUUAUUCCGGAUAAAACCGCUGCCAGUUUUAGUAAAUUCGUUGACACCGGGUAUGUUAUCUAAUAAUUUUUCACAGAUUAUCAGCAAAGACGAUCAUCACUGGUGGCAGGCAAGGAAAGAUAAUGCCGCUGGAUCGGCAGGCCUUAUUCCAUCUCCUGAGUUGCAGGAAUGGAGAGCUGCCUGUGCAGCAAUGGAGAAAACUAAACAAGAACAAGUCAAUUGCUCAAUAUUUGGUCGGAAGAAGAAACAAUACAAGGACAAAUAUUUGGCAAAACAUAAUGCAGUUUUUGACCAAUUAGAUUUAGUAACUUACGAGGAAGUUGUGAAAUUACCAAUGUCUGAUCCAGCAUUCCAGAGGAAAACAUUGGUGCUAUUGGGAGCGCAUGGAGUUGGAAGAAGGCAUAUUAAAAAUACUCUCAUAGCGAAGCAUCCUGAUCAAUAUGCUUAUCCAAUACCACAUACAACGAGACAACCUAGAUCCGAUGAAGAGAAUGGAAGGAAUUAUUUUUUCGUUUCUCAUGAUGAAAUGAUGACUGAUAUUGCUGCCAAUGAAUAUCUGGAGUAUGGUACUCAUGAGGAUGCUAUGUACGGCACAAAACUAGAUACAAUUAGAAAAAUACAUCAGGAAGGUAAAAUGGCAAUCCUUGAUGUCGAACCGCAAGCACUGAAAGUGUUGCGUACUGCAGAGUUUUCACCAUAUGUUGUGUUCAUUGCUGCUCCUGGGUUGCAAAAUAUUGCAGAUUACGAUGGUGCUCUGGAACGAUUGGCCAAAGAAUCCGAAAUGCUUCGUAUCGCAUAUGGGCACUACUUUGAUCUAACCAUAAUCAAUAAUGAUAUUGAUGAAACGAUAGCUGCUCUGGAAACAGCCAUCGAACAAGUUCAAUCAACACCACAAUGGAUUCCGGUUUCUUGGGUCUACUGACAGCAAGAGUCCUUGGAGUUUGGCUCUUUCCAGAAUUUUUGAGCUUGCACCUAAAUUACCACAUGUGUUGAUUAUACAGUGUGAUCAUAAAUAACGGAUAUCUUCCUGAAUCUAGUUCGUGAUCAUACUGUGAAUGAUACUAGAAACUCUGUUAUAACAUUAUAAUUAUAUCAAUGAUUAUUCAAA